AUGAGUGACUAUUCAGACUCAGAUUUAUCUGACAAUCAAUCUCCUCCUAAAAAGAAAAGCAAACCUCAGAAAUACAUUAAGAAAGAUUUGUCAGACGAUAAUGAUGAGGAGGAGGAAGAGGAAGAAGAAGAGGAGGAGGACGAGGAAGAAGAUGACGUUGACGAAGAUGAGGAACCCGUAGUAUCAUCAAAGAAAAAAAGACGAAUGCAUUUCGCUAUAAAGGAUAUGUUCCAUGAUGAGGCUUCAGUAGAUGAAGAUGAAGAGGAGGAAGAUGAAGAAUACGAUGACGAUGGUGAACUUAUUGGUCCUGAAGAUGAAGAAGCAUUGGAUGCUGUACCUGCAGCUCGAGAGUUGGAUUCUCGUCGGCGAAUACGUGAAAUUAUGGAUCAAGAUGAAGAGGAAAUAGAAAGAUAUUAUCAAGAACGAUAUGAAAAUCAAAAUUAUGUUGAUCGUUUUGGUGAUGGUGAAGCAAUGGCUGAUAGUAUUGUUCAAAAAGAACGUCUACCAGGUAUUAAAGAUCCUAAUCUUUGGGCACUUCGGUGUAAAAUGGGUGAAGAGAAGGCUACUGUACUAGCAUUGAUGCGUAAAUUUAUAGCCUAUCAAUUUUCGGAUACUCCAUUACAAAUAAAAUCUGCCUUUGCCAAAGAAGGUUUAAAAGGUUAUAUUUAUGUUGAAGCUUUUAAACAAACACAUGUUAAACAAGCUAUUGAAGGCAUCACUGCCUUGCGCCUAUCCACGUAUAAACAACAUUUAGUUCCAAUUGAAGAAAUGACAGAAGUUGUGCGUGUAGUUAAAGAAACUGGUCAGCUGAAACCUGAUCAAUGGGUUCGAAUUAAAUCUGGACUGUAUCGUGACGAUUUAGCUCUGGUUGAAUAUGUAGAAGAUGCACAGAAUUUAGUCGGCCUUAAAUUGGUCCCACGAAUUGAUUAUGAAAGAAAACGUAAUCGUGGUAUGGAACCAGAAGAGGAUACUAAUAAGUUCAAACGUUUCAAGCGUCCAGCUCCAGCACUAUUCAACGCAUCAAAGUUAGCUGAUCGUGUACAACGUGAUGGAUCAUCUUUAGUAUUUGAAGGGAAUCGAUAUGAUGCUGAUGGAUUUUUGCAUAAACAAUUCCGUAUCAGUGCUGUUUUUACUGAAGGGAUUCGACCAACUCUAGCUGAACUUGAACGAUUUCAUCAUACACCGGAUAGUUUACAAAUAGCUGCAGCAGCUGCUAACGCUGCAGCCAAUUUAAAUGCAUCAGUCACUGCAGAAGUAGCUUCAAAUCAUUGUUUUACGCCUGGUGAUGUUGUCGAGGUGUGUGAAGGGGAUCUAAAAAAUCUGCGUGGUAAAGUUGUCUCUAUUGAAGGCAAUAACAGGAUAAUUGUUCAACCGAAUCAUUCUGACCUACGCGAGCCAAUACCUUUUACACCAGUUGAAUUGAGAAAAUUCUUUAGUCAAGGUGAUCAUGUUAAGGUUCUUAGUGGUCGAUAUGCAAAUGAAACUGGUCUUGUGAUACGUUUUGAUCCCACUAUCGCUGUUGUCCUAUCUGAUAAUAGUAUGAAUGAAAUGAAAGUUGCACCAAAAGAUUUACGUUUAUGGCAAGAUCGUGCUACCACUGUGGAAUCAUCAGGUCAUGUACAAUUAAUGGAUUUAGUACAAGUUGAUCCACAAACAGUUGGUGUUGUGGUCCACGUGGAACGUGAUCAAGUCUCUGUAUUAACAUGUUUUGGUAAAGUUGUCAAUCUGAAAUCGAAUACAGCUUUACGUCGAUUGAAUACACAUCGUCGACCACCACCACAAGCGUUAGAUCGUAAUGGUAAUUCUAUCCAAUUGAAACAAACAGUACGUUUGUUAGAUAAACCAUAUUGUGGAUUAAUUGGUGAAGUAAAGCAUUUAUAUCGUUCAUGGGCAUUUAUUUAUUGUCGUACACAUUUAGAAAAUGCUGGAUUAGUUGUAGCUAAAACACGUCAAAUAUCUGUGCUGACAACAUCACAAGGCGGUAAUGAUACACAAGCGAAUAAUGAAGCCGGUGUACCGGUGAAAACGAUAACUCCUAUCGGUGGUGGUGGUGCAAGGAACAAUACUGAAGGUGGACGUGGUAGAGGGAAUCGUAAUGAACGUCAGUUAGUCGGUAGGACAGCUUUAAUUGUUAAGGGUACCUUGAAAGGUCUACUGGGUAUCAUAUGUGAUGCCACACCAACUCAUGUUGUCUUGGAAUUACAUAGUCAAUUUAAAAAAGUACCUGUAGCACGUGAAAAUAUGGCCUUGUUAGACAGUGGUGGUCGUAUUAUGGAUACACAAUAUGGAGCUACUACACCACGUGUUACACCAAUGCGUGAAAUGCGUACACCACAAUUGGCAUAUGGUGCACAAACUCCACAUGCAGCUAGUACAACUCCACGUGGUGAUAGUACACCUUUACCGAGUGCAUUCAACGCUGGUAUGGCUACACCAAAAAUCAAUAAUCUUGAUGAACCUAUGACUCCAAGUUCUAGUUUCCUAUGGACGUCAAAUGAUCUUCAUCGUAUGUCUGGUUCAAGUACACAUUCUCUAUCUGAUACCGAAUAG